UAACAUGCAAUUUCGCGCACGUCCUUGUAUUAUCUAUUCAAAACGAUAUUUUAGGGACACCUUUGUUAUUUGUAAGGUUGGAAAUGCUGCAGCGGGAUUUGUGGUCUCGAAAGUCGACUCGAACCAACGCUAAACUCCGUGAAAGUAAUUGGAAGUCCAACAAGCCGGGGGUGGUGUCGGUUUCCACUAGAUACCACAGCCACAAGUCAGAUUCCACAGCCAAAAAGUCAAAAUUAGCUACAAAAAGUAGCCUUGUGGUCUUCAUUUAAUGUUAGGCAUAAGGUUAGCAUUGUGGUUAAGAUUAGGUUAAAAUAUUUUAAGAAUAUAAAUUGUAGAAAUGGGCUGGGUUUAGCCAUAAUUAGGACUUUGUCGCUGUGUUAACUAGUGACGACCGGUGGGUGUCCUCAUGCUAGCGAUUGUUUUGAACUUACAGAAGCAACUGGAAAUCGGAGUUGGCUAGGUGUGACCACUUGGUAAGCUGUGUUGCAGAGACCACCAGUUCUACAGUCAUGCUGAACACACCGUUGGAUAGACACACAGACUGACGAUGGACUGACCGGUCCUCUCCACCAGUCCCCUCCCCCACCUCUCUGUAUUUGUGCCUACUGGAUCCUGGUCAGUGGAUCCUCGGGCGCUGUGCGUCAUGGCGUCCAACGGUUGGGCUGGGAGACAUUCCCUGUGGCGGUUCCUUUCGCCGUUUCGAAGCAGGCAGGAGCGUGUGGUGCUGGCACGCAGCGAGAGCAUGCCGGGGGAACACGUGCUGAAGAUCACCAUCACAGAGACCACGAUAAUCGAGGCAGAUUCAGGGGUGUGGAACUCCAAGUCGCUGGUCUACCUGGGCCUGUGGUAUUUCUUCAGCUUCUGCACACUUUUCCUCAACAAGUACAUCCUAUCUCUACUAGAGGGGGAGCCAAGCAUGCUGGGCGCUGUUCAAAUGGUCUCCACCACCAUCAUAGGCUUUCUGAAGAUGUAUGUGCCUUGCUGCCUAUACCAGCACAAGUCCAGGACUGAGUACCCCCCCAACUUCCUCAUGAUCAUGCUGUUUGUUGGGCUCAUGAGGUUCACCAGUGUGGUGCUGGGUCUGGUGAGCCUGAAGAAUGUGGCCGUUUCCUUUGCCGAGACGGUGAAGAGCUCUGCGCCCAUCUUCACUGUCAUCAUGUCAAGGCUGAUCUUGGGGGAAUACACAGGUAUGUGGGUGAACCUGUCCCUCUUUCCUGUCAUGGCUGGUCUGGCCCUCUGCACUGCAACAGAGAUCAGUUUCAACAUGCUGGGCUUCUCCGCAGCCCUCUCCACCAACAUCAUGGACUGUUUACAGAAUGUUUUUUCAAAGAAGCUACUAAGUGGAGACACCUACAAAUUCAGCCCUCCAGAUCUGCAGUUUUACACCAGUGCAGCUGCAGUCAUUAUGCUCAUACCUGCCUGGGUCUUCCUCAUGGACAUUUCAGUGAUUGGGAAGAGUGGGCGUUCGUUCAGCUGGAGUCCAGACAUCGUUCUGCUGCUGCUGUUUGAUGGGGCCCUGUUCCACCUGCAGAGUGUCACCGCCUACGCCCUCAUGGGACGCAUCUCUCCCGUCACCUUUAGUGUAGCCAGCACAGUGAAGCACGCCCUGUCUGUCUGGCUGAGCAUCAUCUUGUUCAGUAACCACAUCACGGUGCUCAGCGCUGCCGGCACGGCCCUGGUGUUUGUGGGCGUGCUGCUGUACAACAAGGCCAAGCAGUUUCAGAGACACACCUUAAAGGCCCUGGCCCACGCCCAGGCUCAGGGCCACAACUACAAACCACUACUGCAGGAUCACAAGCUCAAAGCAUCGGACCGAUAAACUCCCCAGGAGACCAAGGGGGGAGAGACCAGAGGUCUCUUCUCUCUAACUUUGAUCAUGUAGAACCUGAUACGCAGACGAUUUGACCAGACCAUGUUUUGACUCGCGCCAGCAUUAUGACGAAUGAGGGAAGUCAAUGGUCAUCAUAGCACAGUAGAAGGAUCAGUCACUCAAGUGAGGUUUCGUUCAAUGGGAAUGGUCCAUUUGAGAGGCUGGUUUCUCUUGAGGUUCCAUUCGGCCUCACUUUGAUGCAUUCUCUGAUACCUAUGUGAACUUGUCUUAGUGUGUGGUCUGACCGCGGACCACUGUUUGACAGUGGACUGGUGCAGCAGGUGUGAGCAAACCUUUUGGCUUGAGGGCCACAUCCGGAUUUCUAAAUUGAACGGGGGCCACACAGAUUUAUUUUUGACUGAUAUGUUUGUCAAAAUCAAUUUUUGUGCCAGAAACAUUCCAGUUAUUUUUAAAUAUAUAGGUCCAUUUAUAUUUCGACACACUUUCUAUCUAGUUUUAGAUGUUCAAGUGUGGCCUGGAGUGUUUUUUGUGUGUUUUUUUUUUACCCAAAACAAUUUCCCCCCUCCCCAAAAAACAACUUAUUUGUUUAUUUUUACCUCCUGUGGGUCGGAUUGAAUGGGCUCAUGGGCCAGAUCCGGCCAGGCCGUAGUUUUCCCAGCCCUGGGGCCUCAUUUAUCAAAGUUGCAUGCGCACAAAAAAAAGACUAAACUUUCCUGCGCCAGUUAGGCCUCAAAGUUUGGUGUUUAUCCAUUUUGAAGUUGACGGGAAAGUGUGAGUAUCUCCAUGCAAAUCUCAGGCCAAGUGUACACACUACUUCUAAUGGUUGAUCAACUAUAUUGCAAGCAAAUUUUCUUAUUUCUUUCUCGUCUGAGUGUGCCAGAGCGCAGAAUAACUGAUGAAUUUACGAAUGCUCAACACCUCUUGAAUAUGGCCGGUGUCAGUAAACGUCGGCAAAAAAGCGUUGCCUGUAGCACAGUUACAGUCACCAACCCUCUAGAUAACAAGACAACAGCCUAACCAGCUCUGCUAGGACCAGUAAAAUGGUCAGAGUGAGGUGUUCUCUCAUUUGUGCCUGGAAAUAGUUAGCAAGCUAGCCAAAAUUAGCCAGUUAGCUUGGGUGCUUGACUGCCAUUGUGUGGUCAGAAAGCUCGGAUCAACCCUACUGCUUGGCCAGUGUGCACUCUUAAGAGCGAAACACUUACGAAUUUACGAACGGACAAUCUGACAACUCUCUGAAUUUACGAUCGCCCUCUGAGCGCCCCCUCUGACACUCUAGAUUGAAUUUAUGAACACCCUUAAUCUCCGAGUAUAUACCAAGGCAGGAGAUAGAAACACAAUCACGUAUUUAUAAACAAAAUAUUGAACAACAAUUUGUAUUUUUCAUGGAAGUGUGGGCUGUAGGAAGCAUUUAAUUUUAAAUUGUUCAAUAGACAAUAAAUCUUGCAGAAUGUGCGACUAGUGUUUGGCACUCGCUAUAGGCGGUAUGCAUUUUUUGUAAAGAAACAUUCUGCCCACACCUCUACAGAAAUGUGAUCACAUUUGCCAUUGAGCUUUCUUUUGCAACUAUCAUGGCCCAGUUCCAACAUCACCAAAUAAAACAGCAAAUGAAGGCGUUGUUGUUACCAUAAGUGAAUCAAUAAGUUUUACAGGCAGGGUUGUUCACAAACUCACAAAUUAUAGUGUAUCAAUGAAAAAUAUGAUUAUGUUCUGUUCCACAGUUUGAUAAAUCGCAAUAAUUUGUUGCACAGGCAAAUUAGGGCCGGACUACCGCAUUUGGGCCCCAAGAAUUGUUUUAAAUAAUAAUAAUUCUGUUUAAUAAUGCUAAACAAGUUUUAAAGCUAAUUUCCUGCAAUUCUACACUAUUUGACAUGGGUCAGUGAUAAAUGUGCUUUUCUAUAGCUCAUCUCAUGCUAUUGGUCACAUUUUCUCCAUGAGGCUGAGAGAAAAUGUUGCAGUUUAAAGCAUAUUUCCUGCAAUUGUACAUAUUUGUUCUAUCAUAUGCAUAUGCUAUCUGGGGGGCCCCUGACCUCCAGGAGACCCACAAACCAAAAAAGGUUAGGGGCCCCUGGGCAUGUGCCCUGUUUGACCGUUUGGUAAUCCAGCCCUGACGUAAAUUCUAGAAUCUCCCAAGUAUGCCAGAAUUGAGUAAGAAAUGUAUGCAUAGUUGAUAAAUGAGGCCCCUGGUCUGGUGCGUUUAAACAAGCACUCGGCCAGAUCUUCACUUCACUGUUACACUGUCAAUUAAUUUUGUUGUUUCAUUCCUUCGCCUGUUUUCAAAUAAUUUGAAAACUCAGGAUUUCUCUGUAUGUUCAUUGGUGGAAGUGGUUCAAUACAAGUCUAUUUUUUCUGCAUACUUGCCUUUUAGGAUUUUAUUUUUUCCAUUGGUCUUUUAAAAACAAAAUGGUUAUAGGCACAUAUUCUCGUUGACAAAACGGCUUUAUUCUCCCGAUUUGAUUAGCCACUGUCCAUCAUAAUGUAGAACAGUUAAGGCAUUUAUUAAUUCCAAUAGGGCAUUAGCUCAGCUGUUUACCAACUAGUCACAAGUGAAAAGCAAAUAUUUGAGGCAUUAGCCUGACUACAAAGGUGUGUCUUACCCUCAGGGGAGAAGAGGUAGGGAGAGUAAUGUUUAUUUGUUUUCUCAAAGCUCACUUUUGACACUGAACUUCUCACAGCAAUGUGAAAUAUUUGAAAGCCUUGAGCGCAGUCUGCAGAGAUCAUAUCUGCAGAGAUCAUAUCUGCAGAGAUCAUAUCUGCAGAGAUCAUAUCUGCAGAGAUCAUAUCUGCAGUUGUUAUAAAUUCACCUAGAAGAAAAAAUAUUCUCAAAGCUUUCUCUGAUAACAUUGUUUGUUCUUUUUCUUGCACGAAACCUGAAAGGUUCCUUCAGUUUAUUUAUAGAUAGAGAGAUUGAUUUGGGAUGUUGUGGCAUUGUGUAGCCUUCCACACCCAUGUCUUACUUUAUGUGCCACAUUGAAUCCUGUUAUUCACUAUGAGUCAGUUUAAUAUUUGGUUUAAAAGGGACUUCACUGUAAAGUGCCAAUGACUUGAUGUACUUUAUUUAAAGUGCUGUAAUUCAAGUAAUGUACAUGCAACUGUUAUUUGUCUUGAGUACAUUCCUUUGUCUUUGCAUUUUCAUUUUAACAGCUCAUUUAAUUUGAGUCAUUCAGGUUGUGAAACGCCAAUUCUGUUGAGGAAUCUACAAGUACUGGUUUACUCCACUGCCUGCCUGUAGGCAGAGAAUAAGCGAGCAGACAGUGGGUGUACAUCUCCUGCAUUCUAUCCUGGUUCUCGUCCUUGCCUUGUAACUGAAUAAUACCGGCAUAACCAGGUGUGUGACUUUCCUUGCUAUUUUAGCAAUUAAGCACCAGGGAGAAACAAAAACCAGCAGUACAUCGGCCCCCAAGGACGGGCAUAUUCAUUCCAGAAACCGUUUAAGAACUAAUCGGAAGCAAAAUAAAUUAAAACAAGAUUUUCUGUUGGACAAAUUUAGGUAGGUCCCUCCGUUCUGUUUGCUUCCAUUUAAAAAAAAUCCCCCCAAAAUCAACAAAAUCGGCAUAAUGAAUACGCCCCUGGAGUUGUGCACCCCUGACACAGCCGGAAUUCAACCCUUGCAGAUUCUUUUGGGUGUGUUUGAUUUACACCCCAGACUAUCCUGGAUAGAUGGAGUUGCCAACUUAAUUAGAAAAUGGCAGUCCUGUGGUUUGAAAGAGCUAGGUGCAAGGCUGGAAUUCCAACCUAAUCUUAUUCAACCUCUCUAUUGAGCUUAGGUUUAGUGAAACUGGAUCUCAUUUUUGUCCUUUGUCUAUAGUGAAAGCGAAACUACAGAACUGACUACAUUUUGUAAGGGGAAGCUGACAUAAAAAGGAAAUGUGUCUGUUUGCUUGAGUGAAUGGCACUGGCAUUUCCUUGGUUUUGUUAUAGUGUGGUGCUUUUCUCAGACUAACAACAAGUUCAGCAAAGGAAAGUUCCCAAUAUGUGGAUGUCUCAAGUUUGGACAGAUCAUUUAUGUGAAUUUGACUAGAAUGUAAUCUUAUGUUCCCUGACUAUUGUAAUCAAUCGAUGUUUAUAGCUACAAGUUGAAAGUUCUUUCUGACUCCUGUUGACUGAUUUUGUUUUCUUAAUUAUUUUACAAGUGCCACUUUACUUGCACAUGAAUUGUUCCUUUAGGGCUGUUUCUCUGAAUUCAUGUUCUUGCCAAAAUGUGAUUUUCACUGAUGGUCCAGUGUUGAUAUGAUUACUGUAAUUAAGAUAUUUACUGUAGACUUCAAAAUGUUUAACCGAUGGGGUAUAUCGAAGGCUACAUAAUUUCUUCUGUUAAGUGAAAUUCUCACCAGGUGACCUUUUUCAUCUCAUUCUCUGAGAAUUUGCUCAGAACCUUUUUUGGUUGUAUUUUCUAAGUACUGUAUCACUCAUAAAAGAGAGGCCUCUGUCGUUUUUAAAAAGAAACCUGUGGACUAAGAUUUAAUGUUGAUGCAUUCCCCAAAAUGAUUGUGUUGGUUGUCAUAUGAACCAGACAUAGUUUUACACUGAUUUAUCACCACUUUUCUAAUUUAAUAGCAAUAUGUCACAAUUCACAAUAUUAUACCUCUCAAAAUCUGAGUCACAAGGAUGAAAGGGAAAAGUAUUGUGUAGGAGUACGCAAAGAUUGACAUUCAAGUCUGAAAGGCACUUAACCAUCGGGCAAGCCAGGAGUUUUGGCUGCCUGAAGGUUAUGAUCAUUUGCUGAAAAUGUAAAUGAGCUAUUUACUUGCAGAAAUGCCAUAUAUUGUCUGCCUUGCACCUAAACAUAGGGUAGCAAUCAAAAAAAUUAUAAUCACCUACUCAAUGGGGCAACCUCAGGGCAGGCUUGCAGGAGUACUCAAUUCACUUGCCCCAGGCAAUAGGGCAACCCUUAAUUUAAAUUCCUGGUAAGGGAUGGAAAUAUAUCAAAAUAGACCUACUGCUAAUAUAACAAAAAAUGUAUUGUGAAAAGGGGAAAUGUUCGUUAAAAUUGUCGGUGAGGAUGCUAAUUGUAUAUUUUGGGAAGCUGUUCAUGUGAAUUUUAUCAGAGAUGUAAUGAUGUUUAAUAAUCGAUAAUGUUAUGCACAUGAUUAAUAAAAUAUAUUUUUCUUCCGCAUUA